AUGGGUGCUUACACCCACCACUCACCAUGUCCUUCCGUUUCCUUCUAUCUGUGCUCCCCUUCGCAUCAGAUCGCCGUGUGCGAUGAGGGCAGGGCCAUGUGGCAGGUGUAUCUGGACAGGCACGACUACGCCAUGGGUGCUUACACACACCCUCCCUCCCGUUCCCUUCCCUUCUCGCUCUGUCAACUUUCCAACCCAGAUUGCUGUCU